CACUUCUUGCACAUAUAAACUACUACUGUUGCAAGGUAGCUAGCUAGAUUAGCUGGUGCGCCGCCAUGGAAGGCUUCUCAACCCAACAGCACUCCUACUGCCACCCUCAUGAGCCUCUCUUAGCAGGCUUCCCUGCUUGCUGCAACCUUGAGGCAGAAGCAGCCAUGGCCUAUGAGUCCAGCACCAGCUCACCUCCAUUGUCAAUGGUGAUGCAACAGCUACAGGGGAGCUUCCCUCCCUCCUUUGGAGCUGAAGCUGCUGCUGGUGGUGGUGACAACGGAAGAAGGAUGGCUUCUAUUGAAGCUUCACUGGGCUCAGCUCAGGAAAUGGAUGUAAGUGGGGGCAAGAUGAUUAGUAGAAAGAACAAGAGAAGCAAUGCCAAUGUGGCUGGUGUGAAGGGGGAAAGGGCAGGCAGGGGGCUUGGUGGUGUAGGUGAUGUGGAUGAUGCCAAGGUGGAGGAGGAGGCAGCUGGGUACGUGCAUGUGAGGGCUAGGAGGGGCCAAGCCACAGACAGACACAGCGUUGCAGAGAGGUUGAGAAGGGAGAGGAUUGGUGAGAAGAUGAAGAUGCUACAGAGCCUGGUUCCUGGUUGUGACAAGCUUACAGGGAAAGUUCUGCUGGAUGAGAUCAUCAACUACGUGCAGUCGCUGCAGAGCCAAGUUGAGUUUCUGUCGAUGAGGCUCGCCAAUCUGAACCCAACGAUGGUGUAUGAGCUCGGACUGGACAUCCGCAGCGUGUGCCACCCAGAUUCUCCGCAGGUGGAAAAAACGGCCGAGAUGCCCCCACAUGAGCUUGUGCAGUGGAUGGGCCAAACCACUGGCACUGCUUCACUUGCUGAGGUUCAAGGAGCACCCACAGGAGCAACAGGGUUCGUUCAGGAUGGCAGCAGCAACCGUGUGAUGCAGCAGGUGCAAAGGCUGCAGGAAGAGGAGUUGAAUAACUGCCUGAACUUCUUUCAGCACUGUAACUAGAACAAGCCCUCAUUUGCAUCGACGUGUGUACAGAGGUGUCAAUUAGCAUGCAUUAAUUGGUACUGGUAUUAUCUAAGAGAUGGCAUCAACAAGUGAGGUGAGAAGUGACCCAAGGUUGAGCAAGAAGAUGCUGAGCCGAGGCUGGAUCAGAAUCCAACAGAAGAAGAUCUCUUCUUGGUCAUCGGUCCAUCUGUACCGUCUACAUCAACCCCAAACAGAGCCACUACCAGCGCCAUUAUUGUUUUGCCCAGGUUGCGGCAUGGCAAUGGCCUAGGAGAUAGUGAGGAUCAGGUACAGUGGUAAGACGAGGACAUGUACUGUGCCCCUUUCUGCUUAAAAUGCAAAUGUAUCAGCAACAGCUCCUCCCAGAUCCUAUGUAUGCAUCUGUGGUCGAUAUGAAUGUGUCAUUCCUGGCU